GUUAUUCUGCAAUUGGGUUUGUGUUGUCUUCAUUAUGCAUCCUAAGGCUGGAUCUCCACUGCCCUAUAUCCUAAGAUCUGAUCUCAGAUUAUCUACUUUGAACUUGAUUAUAUGAGUUUCCACUGUCAUAUAAUCUGGUAUUUUGUAAACAUUAACAAGAGUGGAAAAAUAAUGGCAUUAAAAAUGUUUAUAAUACCGAAAAUGUUAUAUUUAUUCCAUGCAUUACCAAACACAGUAGAGAUGAAGACGCUAAAGACAUGGGACAGAAGAAUAAGAAAAUGGGCAGUCGGAGGAAAAAGGCCCAGAAUAAGGGAGAAAUGAUUAAAUGAAAAAGAGGAAGAUAGAGGCUGGGGGAUUCCAAGUUUAGAAGUCUUAUCACAAUGCAUUUCAAAUCCAAAGAUUGUUGGAAAUAAAGUAUACUAAAAAAUGGAUAAACAUGGAGAUGAUAAUUGAUAAUAUUAAAGGAAAAGAAAUAAUACUUAGGGAAUGGAAUAGGAGAGAGGACACAGAAUUUAAGGAACCCUUCAAAGGAACAAUAAAAGUGUGGAAAAAGAAGGAAGAAGUUAAGUCCAGGCAAUGAGAAUAAGAUGGCAACUAUAUGGCAAAUAAUUAUAAUAAUGACAAAAUUAUAGGCAUAACAUUGAGAUCAAUUGAAAGUAGAGGGAAAGGGUUAGUGAAGGACUUGUAUACAGCAGAUGGAAACCCUGUAGAACAUAAAGAAAUUCAGAAUUGGAUAGGAUCGGGGAAUUGGAUUCAAAGCUGGGCUAUAAGACAGGAAAUUUUUAGACAGUGGGGGGGAAAAAAUAGAGAACAAGAUAGUCCAGGCAAGAAGGCAAUUAGGAAAUGUUUGAGAGGAAAAGAAGGUGGCAGGAGAUCUGUAAGAACAAAUCAUAACAGUAAAAGAAGAAAUAAUAGAGGAAAAUUUCCAAACACGGAUAAUGGACAUGGAAAUUGAGAGGGAAGACAUCCAAAGGGAAAUGAGCAAUAUAGCAAAAGAUAAGUACAAUGUAUUAAGGGAAGCAAGAAGGAAAAUGUUACAAAAUUGGUACAGAACUCUUGACAACUUUCACGUUUUUUAACCAGGGAUAAAAGGCAGGUGUUGACAUGGUUGUGAACAAAGAGGGGUGUUUAAUCACAUGAUAUGAGAACGUGACCAAGUGCAAGAAUACUGGAGAAUGAUUGAAGGAGAAAUCAAUAGAAUGUUAAGUCUCCAAAUAGUAAUAGUUAAUAGAAAUGUAUUACAUGCAAGGAUAACAGGAGUGAAGAAUAUACAAAAAAACCUGCUUGACAAAUUAAUAGCAUGUGCACAAAUUGUUUUAGAGAGGGGUUGGAAAGAUAAAUCAAAAUGGACUCUGACAAAUUGGUAUAAGUAUAUAGUUAGUAUGUUCAAUGUGGAAAUAACAAAUUGCAAUUAAAACAAUAUAGAUAAAAUUGAAAAGGUUACAAUAAUUAAGAGGAUGUGGGAACCAGUUAGGAAUUAUUUAGAAAAUGUGUUAAAAUGUGGAAUGGAAAAAUUAAGAUUGAGAUUAAUAUUUCAAAUGUAAUUUCUGUAGUUUGCUGUAUAAAUUGCAUGUACAAGGAGGGGAGGGUGGGAGUGGGAUAAAACAAUAAAAUAAUAUUUUUUUUAAAAAGAAGAUAAUUUGGGAUCAGAUCCUGGGAUAUAGGGUAGUGUAGAAGAGGCUUACAGGCAUAUAAGCUUAACACCAAUGAUAGUAACCAAGGCUUAUUCAAAAGAGUUGAAUACAACAGCAGCUGGAUUUUUUCCUAGAACAAAAAUGCUAAGUGUGCCACUCCAAGUGUGGUCUACAAGCUGACACUGGUUGGUAAGCAUGAGCUGCCAGCCCACAAUGGGUUUCUGGGAAACUGUGCAAAUAGGAUAAUGAUAUGAUACAAUUAUGGUUCUGGCCCUUGGCAUGUUGGAGAAAAAAUAUUGGUCCACCACAUCAGACAGUAUGAGAAACAUAAAGAGUAUUCAAUGGAGGGUGUUCCAUCUCAACAUAGUAACUGUUCUAUAGCUGAAGUGUUAGUGUCAGGAUUUAUUGGAUACUUAAGAUAUGGUUCUAGAAUCAGCCACAAUCAACAGUGAUGUGUACUAACAACCAUACAAACAAUUAUGCGGACACUGGAAAGAUCUGCACAUAAUAAGGAAUUAAAAAUAAUACAUAACUUUUUCUAAAUAUAUGAAACUAAUAGACACAAGGGCAAAGUUGCUAAUUCAAUUUGGAAAGAUGUGCUAAGAACAUAUAUCUCCCAUAUUACAGAAUAACCCUGUUUUUGAGCAACUGUUCAAGAACAAAUCUCUUGGUAAGGGUGGGCAGAAUUAACUGCAACCAUUUUGCCAUUUUCUUUAUGAAAACCUCACAUCCCAUUUCUCUGUUUUAGGUCCUUCUGUGUGAGAAAGAAGUGGGAAGAGGAGGGAGAAGAAAAAAGGUGUCACAGAAUGGACAUUCCAGCUAUAAGAAGAUGGAUUGUUGGAAGAAAAUGCAGAACACUGGAUGGAUUUUCCCAACAUCUGUCCUUUGCAUAUAUGGCUUCUUCAGCAUGAUGAAACCUUCUGAGCCUUUCCUGGUUCCUUAUCUUGUUGGACCUGAUAAAAACCUGACCAUUGGUGAGGCAAUACAACAUGUUUUCCCAGUCUGGACAUAUUCAUAUUUGGCACUGCUGUUCCCUGUGUUCCUGCUAACAGACUAUGUACGCUAUAAGCCCAUCAUAAUUCUCCAAGGAAUUAGCUUUAUUAUUACUUGGUUGUUGCUGUUAUUUGCACAUGGUCUGUCAGCCAUGCAACUGAUGGAGUUUUUCUAUGGACUUGUGUCUGCCACAGAGGUUGCCUAUUAUGCCUACAUAUACAGUAUGGUUGGCGCUGAACAUUACCAGAAAGUAACAGGUUACUGUAGAAGCAUCACUCUGGUUGCAUCUACCAUGGCUUUCCUACUGGGACAACUUUUAGUUUCUUUAGCCUACGUAUCAUAUUUUUACCUGAAUGCCAUAACACUGGUUUCUGUCUCUGUGGCAUUUUUAUCUUCAUUUUUUCUGCCCAUGCCUCAAAAGAGUAUGUUCUUCAAUAAAAAAUCUUCUGCAGAUAUUUCCAUUGGAUCAGAUAUAGAUCCGUCAAAUGUAUCUAGCCAGCCAAACCACCACAAAGACAAAGAUACUGCAGUGCUACCCGUCAACUCCAAGAACUUGCCUGAAUACCAACUACCGAAACUUCAAAGUCAAAAUCACUUUCUAGCUGUGCUUCUGCAACUAUGUGGCGACCUGAAGGAAUGCUAUACAACAAGGAAACUUCUGUACUGGUCACUUUGGUGGGCAUUAGCCACCGCGGGCUACAACCAGGUUCUGAAUUACAUUCAAGCACUGUGGGAUGCUAAAGCACCUUCUGGUACUUCUAACGUUUACAAUGGAGCUGUUGAAGCCAUUGCAACAUUUCUAAGUUCAAUAACAUCACUGACUGUAGGAUUUGUGAAAAUGAACUGGGAUCUCACAGGGGAGCUAGCCCUGGGAAUCUUCUCUGCUUUGGAUGCUGGUACAUUGUUUCUGAUGCACUUCACCAAUAACAUCUGGGUCUGCUAUGCUGGAUAUCUAGUUUUCAAAGCAUGCUAUAUGUUCCUUAUAACUAUAGCCAUGUUUCAGAUUGCCGUCAGCCUUAGCAUGGAACGCUAUGCUUUAAUGUUUGGAUUCAACAACUUUGUGGCAUUGCUAAUCCAGACUAUUAUCACUGUGAUAGUGGUGGAUUCCAAAGGACUGGGACUGGAUAUUAAGACUCAGUUCCUGAUAUAUGGCAGUUACUUUGCAGUGAUAGCUGGAAUUUUUCUGUGCAGAAGCAUUUACACUAUAAUCUCAAUCAAAUGCCAAAAAUGGUUGCUUAAACCCCAGAAGCCUGAAGCAGAGAAGAUUACAGAAGACUACAGCACAAAACUGUGAAUGUGAGACUACACAUUCAGUAAAGGAUUAGUUGUUCUGAGGCCAGACUAAAUACUUAUCCAUGUACUUGAAUAAAAGCAGCAGGGAUGAAGGUAUCUCUGUAGGACUUUACUAAGUCUCACACUACAUGUCAAAGCUGAAAAGUUACCAAAUCAUAUUAUCAUCCAAUUUAACAACAGAAUUAUAAAACUGCAUAAAGCAAUGUAAAAUGUCAGAUUUAGUUCACCAUUUUGGCUGUUUGUUUAAAAAUGUUAAGAACAUGUCCCUUGUACAUACA